GACCUGCCUCGAACCGCAACUGCGUAAAUAUAUAAAGUAAAAUAAACUUACGUGUAUCACAAGUCCGUGACUAAGCAUUCAAGAAGACGGUAGCUAUUUCAAAUAUUUAUAAUGUUACAUUAUUCUUCGUCAAUAUUGGUUUUGGUUGUGCUUAUGGUCAAUUUGUCCUUAUCUGGAGCACAAUAUAGAAGAUACCGACGUGAUCGUUGGAAUACAUAUGACGAUAACUCUUACGAUAUGCCAAAUACCGGGCACCAGGGUGUAAAUAUUGGAAAUGGAGUGAAUAGAAAGAAUGUCGUGAUCAUUGAAAAUCGAAACUCUGAUCAUCGCGGUAAUUCUCAACCCGGUUUCACUACUAAUAACAUUGGAAACGGAAUGGGAAAUCAGAACACAGUUGUAAUAGGAAACGGCGAUCGUAGACAACAUCAUAGCGACUCCGAUAGUUGGAAGCAGGGUGGAACUAUUUUACACAAGGGAAAUAAUGGAUUCGAUGUAUUCAAUGUUGGCUAUGGUGACGGUAACCAAAAUCGGGUUACUGUUGAUGGUAAAGAAAUAGAUCCAGAUUGCUUUGGAAGUUCGUGUGAUAGAAAAGCGCCUCCAAGAAGAAUAAGCAGUGCUGCUGGAACAAACAAAGCGUUUUCUCUAUUUCUUACGGUUCUUAACAUUUUCUUUCUUAACUUAAUAUAUCCUUAAUAUCAUGUAUAGAUAUAUAGAUAAAAAAUGUGAUUUUGCAUCACUUUAAUCAAGAUUUUAUUAAAUCAAUUUCAUCAGAGUACUAUAUAAUUUUUUUUAAGAAUCUAUAUUUCAUAUUUUUCCAUCAUUAUGUUGAGUGUGACAUAUGUAAACUUCAACAAAGUAUAACCAAUAAUAACUAACUCAUGUUCUAUAACAUAUAAUUAUAUAUAAGUUCAGCAAAAAAGCCUGAGAUGAAUCACGGGCCAAACUUUUUCUUUGAUUUAUCCAAAGCAUUCGAUUGUGCUUAACAUGAGACCUUAGAAAGAAAAAUAUCACCUUCGUCAUCAUCAUAAUCAAUCAAACUAUUACCGGCCCAGCAGAAGGUCUCCCCCACAAGCAAAAUGGUUAUGGCUGUAGUCCACCACGCUUGUCCAGUGCAGAGAGGGAUUCCACAUGCCUUAGAGAACAUUAUGGAGAACUCUCAGGCAGGCAGGUAUAAUCACAAUGUUUUCCUCCACCUUUAAAGUACGUGAUGUUUUAAUUGCUUAAAAUGUGGCAGCCCCCCGAAAGUGAAGCUAGUUUUACCACCAGGCUAUCACCGCUUCUCUACUACUAUUUAAAAUAAUGAAAAUACACUGUAACAAUCUCAAUAUUAUCAGUAAAAUGAAACUAUUAGUGAAGUUGAUUACGCGACGAGGUUAAAUAUUAUUUUAUAACAAAUUGAGAUAUAAAUAAAAAAAAUAAGAUGUAACCCAAUAAGUUCAAAGUUGCAUAAAAAAUUCCAAGUGGUUACACAUUGAACUUAUUGACAGAAUUCUCAAAACUUG